GUGUACCGCGCCCUUCUCUCUCAGCCUGAGCUAAAUCGAUUAGCAUUUCGUUACUGAUUGUACUGGUCUUCAGUUUCGUGUAUUCUUCAGAACCAUGCAUGCCAUUCAGCAACAAUAUUGGGCGGUCCGUGACUAUCUGAGUCCCGUUCUUAAAGAAAGCAAAUUCAAGGAACACGGACGAAUCACGCCAGAGGAGUUUGUGGCUGCAGGCGACUUCCUGGCGUACAAAUUCCCAGUGUGGACUUGGGAGAAAGGCGACAUCUCUAAAGCUCGCGAUUAUCUGCCCACGGACAAGCAGUAUCUUGUUACCCGUGGCGUUCCCUGCCUUCGUCGAGCCACUUCUCUCGCCUACACCGAUGCAGACGAAGAUGCUGAACGGCUGCUCUCCUUUGGAGACACCUCCGCUACGGGAAAUGAGGCAGACGAGUGGGUCGAAACUCAUGCAGGACGCAAACCUACAUUGGAUUCCGCAGCCAAUCCAGGGGAGAUAGACGACAUCCCAGACUUGGAUGGAGAUCACGAGAGUGACGUCGCUAGUGCUAUCGGUAACUUGUCGAUUAGUGCCUCUACCACUGGCGCCACAGUAGGAGAUACGCCUGAUUUAGAUGACAUACCCGAUAUGGAGGAAGAAGAUUUGGAGGAAGAGGACGAAGCGAUAGCUGCGCCCAAGGCCAAAGGUAUACCGUCCUCGGGCGUCCUCGAUGUAAGCCAGGUAGAAGUUGCUAAGGGCAACCUUUUGCAAGUACGAACAUACGACGUCAUGAUCACAUACGACAAGUACUACCAGACGCCGCGAAUCUGGCUCAUCGGCUACGAUGAGAAUGGAACUCCUCUGACGCCGCCUCAGAUCUUCCAAGAUGUGUCCGCAGACCAUGCACUGAAGACGGUCACAAUCGAGGCAUUCCCUCAUUCAGCAACUCUGCAAGCUGCUUCAGUCCACCCCUGCAAACACGCUAGUGUGAUGAAGAAGGUUAUAGAACGAAUGAACGCAGGCGUAGUUGAGGAACAGCUGGCGCAGCGCAAAUAUGCAGGUGGGGCUAGUCCUAAGGAUACUAAGGAGAACAAGAAGAAAUGGGGUUUCGGCAGGAAAUCAGGCGGGAAGGAUGAUAAGCCUGUAGAAGAUGAGGAAGCGGACGGCAUGCGUGUGGAUUUCUACUUGGUGGUUUUCCUCAAGUUCAUUGCAUCCAUCGUGCCCACUAUUGAGGUUGACUCGACGACUGCAUUCUAAUACUGGCAGAAGAUAUCUUGUCAUAGUCAUUUUGAUACCCUUAGGUCCUAUGUGUGUUCGUUUUUGUGUCAUCGCUUGUAAUGUUUGCCUCCCAGAUCAAUGUACUGUUGUAGAAUAUAGAAAAGGUGUAUCCCUUUUUUCUCACUAGACACGAAGACCGCGGAGCAUAGCAGUAUCAUUGAUUUCUCGACAUCGCAGCAAUAGAUGGUACACCUAUGAGUAUGACAUCUAUAAGAGUAAAAUAAAUCACAGCCAGAGAUAUGAAAGCUAGACAUGCGUCAAAUCCCAGGGAAACCACCAUACCACACCAGCAUACUAAACUCAGCUUUCCAAAUCUUUCGAUUUCUUAGCUUUCUUGUCCUUCUUCUGCUUUUUGUCCUUCCCAUCGGAUGCGUCUGUUUUUGUUGUGGGCAAGUCAACGUCCAUGGACGUGAUAUCCUCCUUUUGCGAGUCGCUAUGUUUCUUCUUCUUCUUCUUCUCUUUCACGUCUUUCACUUGAUCAACCAAGUUCUCACUAUGUUCCAAACCAUCUUCUCUCUUCCGCUUCUUAGAUUUCUCCGUCUUUCCAUCACCCUCACCUGCACCUUCGACUCGUGUAUCCUUUUUGCUCUUUUCCCCCUUCGUGCUAGGAUCGGCAGCGUUCUCCUGUUUAUCACCCUUUUCUUUUCUACUCUUCUUCUCUUUUACACCCUCAGCAGCAGUCGAGCCACUAGGGUUGCAGUUCAUCCUCUGCUAUAGCCUCCAAUUUCCGGUUUCUCUUCUCUGACUUAUCCUUUUCUUCGUACUCUCCGUAGCGUCCUCAGUGGAUGCGCUCGGUUCGUCAUCGACUUUGUCGUCAGAUUCCGGAGACUUCUCUGCCUUCUUUUUGUCUUUCUUAGCUUUCUUCACCUUCUUUCUUUCGUUUUAUCAGGACCUUCUACCGAGACCUUUUCUGGAGAUGAGGGCAAUGGUAUUGAAUUGGGUUCUACUGGUUUCCCGUCGCCUUUGGGAUUUUUGUCUAGAUGUUCGUUCGUUUAACUUGGAAAGACCCUCUUUUUGGUUAUCUUUACCAGCAGUUGACUGCGAUUUCUGGUUUCCUGCUUUUUUGCUGUCGUCCGUACCUGCAUCUUGGGUACUUCCAAUAGGUGGUGCGAUAACAGUAGACAUCCGAGCGGGAGCACCAAGUGGAGCACUAUUGGGACCACUACU